CACUUCUUCACCCAUAUUGACACAAUUCACAAACUUCUAAAUUACUAGCUUCUAAAAAUGGCUUCUGUACCAUAUAAUUUUCUUCUCUUUUUCUCUCUUCUCUUCCCUCUCUCGGCAGCCCAAACCUCUUCCCGUCCAAAAGCUCUAGUCCUACGCGUCAAGAAAGACGCCCCCACUCUCCAACACUACAGCUUCCUCUUCCAACGCACCCCUUCCAUCCCCAUCAAGCUAACCGUAGACCUCGGCGGCAAGUUCAUUUGGGUCGAUUGCGACAAUGGCUUCAACUCCUCCACCAAAACGACCGUCCCUUGCCACUCGGCGGAGUGCGCGCUGAGCGGCACGAGCGCUUGCUCUUCCAACGGCAUUGACGCAUUUUGCGUCGAAUCUUCAUACAACCCCAUUGUCAAAGUCAGCAGCACGGGCGACUUCUCACAAGACGUCGUCCACAUCCAAUCCACCGAUGGAAAAAACCCCGGCAAAAUGGUUCGCGUCCGCAAGUUCCUUUUCACCUGCGCGCCGACGUCCCUUUUGAACGGCUUGGUGCGCCAUUCCGUGGGAAUAGCAGGCCUUGGAAGGAGCAAGGUCGCGAUUCCUUCGCUUUUCUCCGCGGCUUUCGGGUUUCCGAGGAAGUUCGCCCUUUGCUUGAGCUCUUCUACUAAUGCUCAUGUUUAUGGUGUCGUUUUUCUCGGAGAUGGGCCUUAUGUUUUUCUUCCAGGGAUUGAUAUGUCCGAGUCUCUCACUUACACUCCUCUCAUCCUCAACCCCGUGAGCACCGCGCCCAGUUCUUCCCACAACGGGCCUUCAGCCGACUACUUCAUCGGCGUAAAGUCGAUUAAGGUAAACGGAAAAGUUGUCCCAUUAAACACUUCACUGCUUUCCAUUGACGGUAAUGGGGUUGGUGGAACAAUGAUCAGCACUGUUGAGCCCUACACGGUGUUGGAAACCUCCAUAUACAAGGCUGUUGUUGGCGCAUUUGUCAAAGCACUCCCCAAGAACGUGGCUAGGGUUUCACCCGUAUCGCCUUUCGGAGCGUGUUUUAGCGCGAAGAACAUUGCGCCAACGCGGCUCGGCCCGUCAGUGCCGACAAUCGACCUUGUGUUCCAGAACGAGAAGGUGGUGUGGAGCAUUUACGGGACAAACUCCAUGGUUUAUGUUAACGACAAAGUAGCGUGUCUCGGAUUCGUCGACGGCGGUAAAAAGCCUGCGACUUCAAUUGUGAUCGGAGGGUAUCAGAUUGAAGACAAUUUAUUUCAGUUUGAUUUGGAUAAUUCUAGGCUUGGAUUUAGCAACACAUUAAACUCGCGACAAACAACUUGCUCCAACUUUAACUUCACUUCCACAGGUAAUAUUUAGAAGGGACUUCUCUUAGUUCUGUUAUUGAUCUAGUACUACCUCUGCAUUUUGUGUCUGUUAGGUGAUAAAUAAAUUGCCAUUUCAUACAGUCACUUUAAAUGGCUUAGUUCACCAGUACCAUAUUUGUAUGGCGUGUUUCUAUCAGUGCUCUUUUUUUUUUCCCCCUUAUUUUUUCCCUUAUCAGAGCUCUUUUUUUUUUCUUUUUUUUUG